CAAGUCAGAGGCGCGCGUGCCCUCUCUCUAAAGGGGACGAGCCGCGCGCUUCAGAAAAAAAGAGGAGAAUAAAAUGUGUGAAAGCUGCAUUUCGCGCGAAGGAAUUAUUAAAACAUGCUGUCCGUGUCCGAAAAACGAAGGAAACUUCCCCUGGGAGUAAUAAACUCAAACGCAUAUAAUAUUAUAGAAAGGAUGAGCUACCGAACUCUGAGCGCGACCUUUUUCCUGCUAGUGCUACUUCUUUCCUGUCAGCGCUCUUCCUCGCGAGAGUGUGUUGAUCCCCUGGUGUCACCUCUCUAUGCUUCCUCCUUCCUGGCCUCCUCCCGAUAUAACUUUAUGUCCUCCGCCAACUUUGCCAGGUUGUACGGAAGCAGUGGGUGGUCUCCGUCCCCCAGGGACCGUCAGCCGUGGCUUCAGAUCGACUUACAGAGGAAGUACCGCAUCGUUGCCAUCUCCACCCAGGGCACGUUCAACUCCAACGACUGGGUGACCAAGUACACCAUUCUCUAUGGAGACCGCCCUGACUCAUGGACCCCGUACAUCCAGAGAGGGGGGAACUCGACUUUGUCGGGGAACUGGAAUUACUACCAGGUGAAGAGGCACGUGUUCCACUAUGCAUUCACUGCCAAGCACCUGCGUUUCCUCCCCCUGGGCUGGAACACGGAGUCGGGUGGCAAGAUUGGCGUGCGGCUGGAGGUGUAUGGCUGUGCCUACGACUCAUACGUGAUGGCGUAUGAUGGGGACGACAUGGUCGCCUACGCCUUCCCUGGGGGAAGGUCUCGCACGUUGCAGGACCACAUCGCCCUGAACUUCAAGACACUGGAGCAUGAUGGGGUGCUGCUGCACAGUGAGGGGAUGCAGGGGGAUGUCCUGAUGCUGGAGCUGAGGGAUACGCGUCUCUACUUGCACAUCAGCCUGGGCAGCAGCACGGUGCAAGUGGUGGAGGGCAUGACCACUCUGACUGUUGGCAACCUCCUGGAUGACCAGCACUGGCACUAUGUGACCAUCAAGCGGUACGGUCGCCAGGUCAAUUUGACAGUGGACAGUCACACCGAAAGCACAAUCUGCAAUGGGGAGUUCAGCUACCUGGACCUCGAAGACCAGGUGUAUGUGGGAGGUGUGAUAGAGCCCAAAAUGCCUCACCUUCCAAACAAGAGCAACUUCAGGGGCUGCCUGGAGAACGUCUUCUACAAUGGUGUCAACAUUAUCAACCUGGCUGAGCAGAAGGACCCACAGAUUCGCUUUCCUCAUCACCAGAAACCUGUGCAGUACGCCUGCCAGGACCUGCAGCUGAAGCCGAUGUCUUUCACUGGGCCCAACAACUACCUGCAGGUGCCGGGCCUUUUGCGGAAGUCCCGCAUGUCCGUCAAGUUCUCGUUUCGCUCAUGGGACCACAUGGGCCUGUUGAUGUUCACCAGGUUUGCUGAUGACCUGGGCUCCCUGGAGCUGGGCCUGAGCGAGGGCCAGGUGAACAUUACCCUUCAGCAGCCUGGCAAGAAACUGCGAUUUGCUGCAGGUUACGGUUUGAAUGACGGGUUUUGGCACACGGUGGAUUUGGCAGCACGGGACAACUUUUUGGUCGUAACCAUCGAUGAGGACGAAGGCUCCCCCCUCAAGAUCACCAACGUGUUUGCCAUGCGCACCGGGGACCGCUACUUCUUUGGAGGCUGCCCCAAGACUAAUAAUACAGCCAGGUGUGAAACCACGCUGAAGGCUUUUCAUGGGUGCAUGGAGCAGAUCUUUAUUGACUCUGAGCCUGUGGACAUCGACACCAUGCUGCAGCAACGCUGGGGGCGUUAUGCUGAGCUGCUUUUGGGCACCUGUGGCAUCACUGACAGGUGCACGCCAAACCCCUGUGAGCAUGAGGGGAGGUGCAUUCAGUCCUGGGAUGACUUCAUCUGCAUGUGUGAAAACACUGGGUACAAAGGAGAAGUGUGCCACAAAUCGGUCUACAAGGAGUCGUGCGAGGCCUAUCGGCUCAGUGGAAAGUUCUACUCGGGCGACUACACCAUUGAUCCUGACCUCAGCGGCCCUUUGAGACCCUUCUCUGUCUACUGUAAUAUGAAAGCCACCAAAGCCUGGACGGUGGUGAGGCAUAACCGAAUGGAAGUCACCAAAGUGACGGGCAGCUCUGUGGACCAGCCAUACCUGGCCAGUGUGGAGUACUGCAAUGCAUCAUGGGACGAAGUCACUGCCUUGGCCAACGUCUCGGAGUACUGCGAGCAGUGGAUUGAGUUUGCCUGCUACAAGUCUCGCCUCCUCAACUCACCCAGUGGAAGACCGUAUAGUUACUGGAUCGGUCGCCAUGGCGAGAGCCAGGUGUACUGGGGGGGCUCCUUUCCUGGGGUCCAACGCUGCGCCUGCGCCAUCAACAGCACCUGUGUGGACCCGAGGUUCUUCUGCAACUGCGACGCAGACUACCGUCGGUGGUAUUCGGACAAGGGGUGGCUGAACUAUCGGGACCACAUGCCCAUCAGAAGAAUUGUUGUGGGGGACACCAACCGGACUACGUCAGAAGCCCAUUUCAGCCUUGGGGCCCUGCGUUGUCAUGGUGACAGCAGCACUUGGAACACCGUGGCCUUUACUAAGCCAAUGUACCUCAAGUUCCCCACGUUCAGGCCUGGCACCAGCGCCGACAUCAGCUUUUACUUCAAAACAACCGCCGACCACGGAGUCUUCCUGGAGAAUUCUGACGAUCGCCAUCGCAGCUUCAUUCGAGUGGAGCUUAACUCCACCACCGAUCUGCUCUUUGUCUUCAUGGUGGGGGACGGAAUCCUCAAUGUCACGCUGCGUUCUCCGGAGCCCCUCAAUGACGACGAGUGGCACCACGUCAAGGCAGAAAUCAAUGUGAAAAUGGCACGGCUUAAAGUGGACUACCAGCCCUGGUCCGUGUGCCACUUCCCUGGGCAGACCUAUGUCACCAUGAAGUUCACCCAGCCGCUCCUUGUGGGUGCAGCCAAGGACAAACAGCGGGCCUACCUGGGCUGCCUGCGGGGGCUGCGCAUGAACGGCUUGCCCCUUGACCUGGAAGGAAAAGCGAACGCGGAGGAAGGCGUCAGACGCAACUGCACAGGCCAGUGUGUGAAUGCGGCGAUACCCUGUCGCAAUGGCGGCCGUUGCAUGGAGGGAUACGCCUCCUACUACUGUGACUGCAACAACACGGCCUUCGAAGGCUACUACUGCCACAAAGACAUCGGUGCCUUCUUCGAGGAGGGAACAUGGCUCCGCUAUAACAUCCGCAGAGAGGCAGUCUCAGAAGAGGCGCAAUGGGCAUACUGGGUAGAUCCGCACAACUUCAGCCUGGGGUACAACCACAUCGGCGAAGAGAUCGAGUUCAGCUUCAGCACCACCCACACCCCUGCGGUGCUGCUCUACAUCAGCUCCUUUGUCAGGGACUACAUUGCUGUGAUCCUCAAGAGAGACGGCAGCUUAGACCUGAGGUACCGACUGAGCGCAUUUACCGACAAGUUCCAGAUAACCUCCUUGAACGUGGCAGAUGGAUACCCUCACUUUGUCAACAUCACCAGGCAAAACCGUACCUUGCGGACACAGGUGGAUUAUAUGGAACCUGUCAAACAGCAUAUGUCCAUUUUGGAGGACAACCGAUUUGACUCUCCCAAAUCCUUCUUCCUGGGGAGAGUGAUGGAGGUGGGAGACAUCGAUUAUGAGAUCAAGAAGCACAACAGCCCUGGGUUUGUGGGCUGCAUGUCAGGCGUGCGCUACAACAUCUAUGCUCCUCUCAAAGCCUACUUCCGCCCCAACGAGACGGAUCCUCCCGUAACAGCAAUGGGCUUCCUGGAGGAGUCAAACUGUGGAGCUUACCCAUCCAUAAUGGGGGUGGUACCCCUGGAGGAAGACCCAUGGUAUACAGGUCCAGAGUUCCUCUAUAUCCACGAUGACCUCCCCAGUCCACCAGUGAUGGCCUUCAUCGUCCUCCUCCUGCUGGUGUUAACAUUCGGGACUCUGUUUGGCCUCUACACGUAUUUGUACCGCUACAAAGGGAGCUACCGCACGAACGAGCCCAAAAGCAUGGAAUCCCCGUGCAGCGGCAGGGCUCUCACGGAACGGCCCCGCAAGGACAGGAGCCUGCCCAGAAUACAGGAGGAGCCAAGGAGCGAAUGAUGACCUCGGAGGGUCCAAGGAGAGCAGGCAGGAGCAGGACUGGUGGGCCAACUUGUGAUGGAUGGGGGUGGGACCGGAACCAGAACAAUUCUUGUUGUGCGUGGUGGUUUUUUUUUUUUUAAAUAAAUUAAAUCAUUCAGAUGAUUAAACUUUUAUAUUCUGUUAGUCACUGUGCUUCAAAUAUUCAUUUAGCAUCUUUCUUUCCCAUUUUUGUGUGUGAGCCAAUCGUAUGGAACGCUUGUGCACAGUGCAGUAAUACGAGGCAUUAUGUUGUGUGUUUUAUAGUGUUUUAGCAGGGAAAGCUGAGAUCCUAUUUCAGUGAAAUACCAGUCUCACCCUGGACGGCAGGGGUCCGACUGAAGUGCGUGAAAUACCGUGAGCUUUCGCUUUAUAUUUCUGUUUUUCUCAUCUCUUGAAUAGCAUUACUGAAGAGUACAGCAAGCAAUUAAGUAUAUAGUAUGUAAAAAAUGGCAAAAGUAUAAAUAAAAAUAAAUACGGUUACAGUUAUGCUGUUUGGCACACGUGUAUAACACAUGUCUAAGAAUCAACUUUAAAUCAAGUAGAGAGACUUCACAUAAAGAAAAUAAAGGCAUUUAGUUUGCUAAGAAUUGUCUGACUUCACUGACGUCUUUGGUUGAACUGGUGCCGUUUUUCCUGUGUAAUGGAGUGACAGAAAAUAACAGUAUGUCUGUACAACAGUGAAACACAUGCGGCACAACAAUGACAUAUUUCAAUAUAUUUUACCAAGUACCAAUUUUUAUCUUACCAGUUAUUAUGAAAGACACAUUUUUUGUAUUGUGGCAAAGGGACAUCUGUUCUGGGUACAAGGUUCAUCUUCAGCUUGCAGGCACUGAAAUCCAUGAUGUUUUCAAAUUUGUUUUGACUCUUAAGCACUAUAAUCAUAAUGCGUCUCACAAUGACAAUGCAAUCUCUGCGCUGGGAUCUGAGCUAAAAGUCACGUAUUUUAGGAUUACUUUUGUAUUAAUUUAGAGCCCUGUGCUUUGGACCAAAUUAGAAAAUUCAGAAAGGAAAUGAAUGCACUACAAGCAGACAUGGUUGUCAAUGGCUGUGGCUGAUGGUUCCACACACGGUUCACAGAGAGUCAGACAAACAUGUAGGUGUAUUUAAAUAAGGGUUUUUGCUCCUAAUUAGCAGUGUUCAUGAGGGGCUUCACUAUUCACAUGGUUUGCUUGUGGGAGAGGGCAUUUUGGUCCAGUCUUCACCGCUGUACAUGAAUGUCCAUCCAUCUGUCCACAGCUCCUGGCUGGAUACCAGCUGACACUGAUAUUUGGAUUAAAAUACAAUCGUCAACACAAACUGAGUUACACCUCCUUUCCCGUCUCCUCUGUGAGGUGAGCAGAGUUUGCAAAAUACCGUAUAAUGCCAAUCGGCUCCAGACAGACGAGCACCACUCAAAUCGAAACAUGAGACAUGGAAAAAGACCUUGUGCUUCUGAAAGUUCCAUAAAUCUUCAGGGAAAUGUGGGUUAUUCAAUGGGUUUAGCUUUGGAAAUACAAACUAAAGUCUUCAGUGUUGUACCAUUGUAAUAAUCUCAAAUCUGUGUUUUGCCCCAGAGCAAAUGCCAAAAGGUCAGAUUCUAAUUUUGAUUUAAAUUGGAGGAUGUCAAAUACACACAAAUGUUGACAGAUGUAAGAUGGGGACACACUGGUAAGUACUGCUUGAAAAUCUGUUCACUCACAAUCAAAGAAAUGUACAUAAGGCUGUUCUGAAGUAUUUCAGCAAUAUCAUUACAACAUUACAACUGGAAAAACACUUAACCUUGAAGGUUAAAGUAGUUUUGUACAUUCACUUCUAUAUUUUUGUUUAUUAAAUGUUGUGAAAGGUUACAUAUAAAGGACACAUAUAAAAAUGUAUGUUUUAACUUGUCCAAAGUUACUGUACUUCAAUGAGAACAAAAACAGGAUAAAAUUUUUUAAUGGCUUUCUUUCUUUUUUUUUUUUAAUGUUUUACCGGCUUACAAGUAGGUUAUGUCAAUCCACGUUACAUUACAAAUGCCAUGUGUUACAUUGGGUAACGGAUGUGCUCUGACAGCUUAAAUGGACACGUGAACAAGCUUCAGUUGAUCGCAACACCAGGGAGCCCAAGGAGCCGAAACGAUAGCCGAAAAUACCGGCGGACUUCGGUAGAACGUUCCUCACGUAGCGCACAUCUCAAAUGUGAGCAAGACCAGCAGAAAUGUGCAUCGAAAAGCAAGAAAAAAAAGGGGAAAAAACCACAUCUAAGUACUUCCUUUUCAGGACCGGGGAGUAAAGGGAUCCUGCUUUGUGUGUCUACCUUCCUUACGUCUCUUCCCCCCGAAAACAAAGAGAAAAGCUCCACAUGCCGGUUUUCGCCAAAGUGAAACAGAUCGACGGGGAAAAGUACGCUUGUAAUAGACACUGCGUGCUGCUGUAGCACACUCUACUGAUGUACUAAACCGAAUUGUACUCGCCAGUUUCAGAGUUUCUGAACACAUUUGGGAUUUCAGUGGCACCAUGUGAUGUCACCUGGAGGUUGUGGGGACCGGCAACAGAGAAAGUUCCACACGAAUUGACAGAAGUACAUCGUAUACCAUAAAAUACUAGCUGGAUUAAAUUUUACAAAUGAUUUACAUGAAUCAUUACAUAGCCUCCAACAUAAAGUGCUGUCUAAUGUAGCCCAGGGGGUGUCAAACACUGCUCCUCAUAGACUGGAGAGCUGAAUAUUCUACAUUAAAACUGUCGGGUCAUGUGACUUUCUGCACAAA